ACAUAUACUAAAAGACUUAGCUAAAGUUGCAGUGUAACUCAGACAAAGUCGCUUUACAGAUUUCCAAUCACGUAAAACCCCAACAAAAUACUCCGAAGUGUGAUUACAACGUGACAAAAUCUGAUACAAUUCAAUGCAGUGUAACUCUAUGAUAUGUAAGUAUUUUUCCCCGAGUACCGUGAAUGCAGCACGAUCCCAAGAGUACGCACUGUGCGUCUGACGUCACSUUUAGCGGCGUCUCCAGGAGAGAAUCCAGCAAGAUGGGAUUGCUGUCCAUCCUUCGUAAGCUAAAAAGCACUCCAGACCAGGAGGUUCGGAUACUGCUGCUGGGUCUCGACAACGGGGGGAAGACCACGCUUCUCAAACAGCUGGCUUCAGAGGACAUCAGCCACAUCACCCCCACACAGGUAGCAAAGCGCCGAAGACUCCUCCGCUCCCUGCUU